AUUAGUUUAUACUUUAUAGUUAGCAAUAAGUCAUGUGGAUCAGUAGUUACAGUGCAGUGUUUUUCAAACAUUAUGUAAUUUUUCGAGAAUUUGCUGGUAGAAAUCUUGCCAGGAGUGUUAUUUUAUGUAAAAAAUUUGUGUAUUAAAUAAAAUACUCUUAGAUCAAAUCAGAAACGCUAUUUUAAUAGAUCUUAUAGAUCUUGUAAGUUUGUGUAUGAUAGCAAUUUGUUUGUAGACUGCACCAUGAAUCACUCUGAAAGAGAUCAAUUGAAUGGUACUCCUGAAAGUACCUCUGACAUGUUAAAUCGCCACAAAACUGAGAAAAAAGAGUUACAAGGUACAAUACAAAAACUGAAAAAGAAUGCUCAGAGUUGCAAAAAAAAGAAGAAAGAAGCCUUGGAAGAAAUAGCUAAACUAGAAGCUGACCUUAAGAAGCGUCAUGAGAUCGAACUGGCAGAUUCAGCAUGUAAUCAAGAAAAAUCUGCGUUGUCAGCUAAUGAAGCGGUUGAUGAUAAGUUAGCAACUCUGAGCCUGUCAGACGACACUCCAACUACACUUGAAGAUAAAAAUAAUCUCUCUCAAAAAAUUACAAAAGUUUCCCGAGCUGCCAAGCGACGAGCAAAAAAGGAAGAUGCAGCGCAGCAGAGGGAGGCUGAGCUGCAAAAGGAGCGCGAGUUCCAGCUCCUGAACAGUCCCCGGUCCAUUGAAGCUCGACUUAUGACAAAACUUAUCAAAGAAAGAAAUCUCUCUGUCACUGAAGUGCAACCUGAUGGUAAUUGUAUGUAUUCAGCUCUAUCACUUCAGCUGGAAGGAUCCAAAUCAAUGGAAAACCUCAGGAAUUUGGCUUCUGAUUAUAUGUUAGAGCACAAAAAUGAUUUUUUACCAUUUCUCACUGAUCCUGAGUCUGGCAACCAGCUGGAUGAGAGCGCCUUCCUUGACUACUGUCAUAAAGUCGCCAGCACGCCGGCCUGGGGUGGCCAGCCUGAGCUCCGAGCCCUAUCUCAAGUUUUAAAGAGAAAAAUAGAAGUCUUGCAGGCUGAAGGCGCUCCCAUGGUGCUGGGGGAAGAGUUUGGAGGAGAGGCUCUGCUGCUCGCCUACUAUCGUCACAGCUUCAGUCUUGGCGAGCACUACAACUCGCUGCACAGGAAGCCCACCGAGUCUCCUCUCGCUUUGUCAUAACUAACUACUAUGUCCAUAUCUCAACAAUUCAUUCACCGCGCAUCAAUAUUAACCUUAUAUCAAUAUUGUUCAUUGGAAUGAUGUUAUGAUACUGAAAAGUUAUUUAACGUGUCUGUUGUCACUUAAAUUAAAAGAUUUGAGUAUAUGAUGCAUUGCACAACCAGUGAUUACUUCAAUUUACAUUUGAUUGAAGUAAUUGCAAUGCACUAUACAUAAAUUUAUCAGUGUGAAGUUCACGUGAAAGAUGGUCAGGGUUUUUACUUUAUUAAUUUCAUGUCGGUAUUCUUAAAUGUUCUCAUCGUCUCUAGAAAAAGUUGUGAAUAAUUGAGCGUUAGAAUCUAGUGUGACUUAUCCAUACAUUUUCGUCUACUAACUAUAAUGUAAUAGCGUUCUGCGUCGCGAUGGCUGCGUGUGCUGUGGUUUUAGGUAUAUCCUUUUAGGCGCAAGGCUUCCAUGUGUUAUUUCCUAAUUAUUUGCGUCACUGAAGCGUUAGUAUUGCAUAGCGUAACAGUUGCUGGCGUUAUAUCAGGUGACACAAAUUUUAGUUUUUUUUUUUUUUAACGAAACUUUCUCUCGAGUUCUGAGCUAAGACGGGCGCAGCGGUGAUCGAUGAAUUCAUAAUUUUAAAUUACAAUGCACAUACUUCAUGAAUCUUCUGAUUCGUCCACUUCCGUUGUAUUCUGUAUUUGUAGUAAAGUUUUUUGAAUGGAAAUAGAAACAAAGAAAGUUAA